UCACCUCAAGUGCGACCAGGCAGAGGCAACAAGCAAAAGCAAAUCCGGAGCGAUCCCGCUGCAGUUUGGGCUGUGAGUAGCCGAGGCGAGGCAGCAGAACCAGGAGAAAGGGAGGAGAAUGGGACACCGGCAGAGCUUGGACCUACACUGAGACCGCUCGGCGCAUCCAGAGCUCCUCCGAUCCGUUUCCAAGUCCUUUCUCCCCGGCUCCCAGUCCCGUUUUCACCGCUGACACAAUGGGCUGCUGCAGCGGACGAUGCACUCUCAUCUUUAUCUGCACUUUACAGUUGGUGUUGGCACUGGAGAGGCAGGUCUUUGAUUUUCUGGGCUACCAGUGGGCCCCCAUCCUGGCCAACUUCUUCCACAUCAUCAUCGUCAUCCUCGGCCUCUUCGGCACCAUCCAGUACCGGCCGCGCUACAUUGUGGUGUAUACAGUAUGGGCGGCCCUGUGGGUGGCCUGGAACGUCUUCAUCAUCUGCUUCUACCUGGACGUAGGAGGCCUGUCCAAGGACAGCGAUCUGCUGACGUUCAACAUCUCAGCCCACCACUCCUGGUGGAGCGAGCACGGGCCAGGCUGUGUGAGGAGAGAGAUGCCCCAGGCUCCAGGGGUGCGCACCACAGACAGCCACUCCUACAUCACUGUGAUGGGCUGCCUCGUGGACUACCAGUACAUCGAAGUUGUGCAUAGUGGCACCCAGAUCCUUGUCGCUCUCCUGGGCUUUGUGUACGCCUGCUAUGUUGUCAGCGCCAUCACCGAGGAGGAGGACAGCUUUGAUUUUAUUGGUGGAUUUGACCCAUUCCCACUCUACCAUGUCAAUGAGAAACCUCAAUCUCAUCUCCUCUUAAAGCCCAUGUACCUGUCUACGUAAAUAGGAGCGCGUCCAAAACAUGGAGGUGACACAGCAAAUUCCCACAGAGACAAAAUGGCUGUUCUGACACCGGGCCAUGCCAGACAUUCCUCCUCCUCUUGAUGUCAUCUCCUCAGUUCUUCAGAUGUGUUAUUUACUGGUGUGCUGCCUGGAAAUGCCUGCACUUCUCAGUUAGGGUCCUUCGUCUCCUGGGGGAGGGUUGAAGGUUUUUUUUGGAGGGGGUUGGGGGUGUAGUGAGGGGGUUGUUGGGUUGUGUUACAGUGUAACAAAGCCUCAUAUUGUUUAUUUUGGAAAAGUAUAAAUCAUUUCAUUUGUGCUGAGUUUCAUGUCCCGGUCGCUCUGCGGCUUGCCCUAAAUUGCUCUAAUAGUCACAGAGAACAUGUCUGUAUAGAGCAUGUACAGCACACAGAUAAAAAUACAGCAUGUAUGUAAUCAGGGACUGCCCAGCUUUCCCAGUCUGUGGUACUGUGUCCUAGAGGACUCGGUGAUUUAGACUGUUAUUGCUGGUUUGGCUUAGAUCUUGUCCGGAGGGCUGAAUUACAGUGGAGCCUGUGGAAUGAGCUAUUGUGUGCCUCCUGUUUACUUUAGGCCAGGAUCUGUGCGCAUAAAUACACAAAGCAGGAAGAAGCAGGGGAGCAGAGAGGUAGAGGGAGGGGAUUGGAAGAAACAAAGGAACCAAACCUACAGGGCUAGCGGUCAAAAAUAGAAAAUGCAUAUAAUGAAAAGGAGGGGGGGUAAUUUCGGUCCGAGUUUGAAAUGCAAACUAACUAUCCAGAAUGCAUAAAGCGCAUGAGCGAGGCAGAGAGAGUGUUCAGAUACAGGCAACGGCAUGUGAGUCUUACUUUGUAUUUCUUUUUCUUUCUUUUUUUCUGGAGUCUUAUUACUGUGACUAUCUCACCAACAGCCAAGUCAGUAUUUUUUUUUUCCCUAUGAUGUGUAAAGUGUUUGUGUUAGACGGUGUGCUGAAAGCAGACCUUUUGUUUUCACUCCUACUUCAAAUGGAGGCUACAAUUCCCCUCCUGUAACUACUGACAGGUCUCACUGCUGACAGGGACGAUCAUUACACACAGUCAAGCAAAGGUUAAACACCGUACUUUUCAUUUCAAGAAAACAAUAGGGACUUGAAAUGGGUGUGAUUUACCGUCCAUAUUGCACACAACAGUACCGGAUUGGAUCGUGUAUGGUCCCAAGCGUAAAAGUCGCACAACCAUGUGAAAACAGAAACAGAGCGUUGUCUUCUCUGUCAAAUCAACAGUAUAGAUUCUUAAUGGUGAUAGUCUCAGUUGUGAUAGUUUUAUAGCAUGUGUUUUACAGGGGUUUGUGUAGUAACCAUGUGUAUGACAUACUAAGUAAUAACAAAAUAACAUAAUAUUGUCUUCAACUGGCUGCAUAUGGGCUGGUUCUGCUGUAACUUAAACCUUCUCCUGAGGGGCAUCUUACUUGGAUCUUUUUUUAUUCUAUUCCAGCACCACACCAUAAUUUCAUUUAAUCAAAGUGCAUACAUGGGUAAUAUCUUCUAUACUGAGCGAUAACAAUAAGACUGGUCCCCUGCUGAGGCUACUAGCACUUUUGUUACCUAUGGUUUUGCCGUUGCUCCCAACCAGGACAGAGUCAGAUCCCAUGUUGCCUUAUCGUUUGUGUGAAUCACUACUGCCCUCUGGUGCUGAAUGUGUUCACAUACAAGAGAGGCUUACUGAGUUUCUGCUGGUCGGCUCUCGCAUGAAUGUCAUUUUCCAUGUUUUGUCUUGAGCUUUUCUGAUUUUUUUUUUUUUUUUUUUUUGAUAACAAUAAACCUUAACAUAUGUAUGUGUAUGGGCAUGGCUGGGUAACUGACAUGUAUGGGGAUUCAUUGUUGUGCCCUUUCUUACUGUAUUUAUCCAUGUUACCGUCUUGUUCUUUGUCACUCAGAUUAAAAAAAAAAACAUGACUUUUGUAAGCAUCUGAAUUUGAACUCAAAAACAUUUUCCGUAUGUCAUUUGAAUGCAGUAUUUCUUACUGAAUGCAACCCUUGUAAACCUCUUGAGAAAAAAAAAUCAUCACUUUUUUGUUAAUCUAAAGAGUCAUGAGCAGAGAUGGUGUAUUUUGUUCACUCUGUUUUCAGUCUAUUUUUGUCUUUGUCAGCACCUGAAAUAUUUCCUGCUUGAAGUUCAGAUUCCCCUGUGGUAUUAGAUGUGUUUCACUGCCAGACAUACUGUAUAUAAUUCAUAAUGACUCUGAAAUCACCCUAGAUUUGUGACUAUUUUCAGAACGUUGUUGAUUCUCUGCCAGUAAACCAUUUUGGACGGUCCUUUUUCUAUUGGCAAAAUGCAAUAAUUUACAUGUCAUUAAUCUCAUCAUAAUUUAAGGUUUACACACUUCUGGUGGGCUAACUGUAGCUAAGGUGAUGUUUGAGUUGUACAAUGCAUAGGGCACCUCAUAUUGUAACAUAAUCAGUAUUGGUAGUAAAAGCUACUAAAAAUGUUCUGUAAAAAUAGGUCUUCCUCUCUGUGCAAUACAGCUUCUCCCCAAACCCCAGUGACUGGAAUUAGUUUAAACCUGUUAUGGUUGUGUAUGUACUAGACUCCACUGAAAAAGGUUCCACCACUUUGUAGAUAAUUCUUUUUCUUUGUAUAGAAAGUGGAAAAGAUCUUUUUGUAUUUCUCUCUUCUAUUUUGUGUCCUCUGUAGCCCCAGCCCCAUGUGACCCAAUUGUGUAAUCCUAUUUGUCCAGAACUGUGCUUUGUGUUCAUGUAAAUAGGUGUUUGUUAAUAAAAGAAUGUGUUCUUUUAAUGAU